UUACUAUCUGUGAGCGCGAUGCGAAAAAAACAAGCGCUAGUCGUUGCAGACGUGCUGUAACGCUCAUUGUGCAUUUGGUGGACCUGCAACGACCUGUAGCAAGUGUUAUGUGUUUCUUACCGGCAGCGUAACUUGCGCAUAAGCUUAUCUGAGUGCGAUUUAUAAGCUCUUCAUUUGAAUUAGAUCAUCAGGCAGCACGUAAUUGCAGUUGCCUCACCGUGUUACCGUUAUCCGUUCGUGCGCUUCGUUUUUGGCGCCAUGCUGCCGGGCAGUUUCACGCCGGACCGUUCGCAGCGGGGGGGGUCCGGCGAGCGCGGCUACAGCAACCGGCCCGGUCACAGAAGACGGCGAGGCCCUUCCCAUCAUCAGCUCGCCGGGACGCCGUUGCACUACUACUACGCCGACGGCUGCUACUAUCCUCAUCCCGGGGCGAUGCCGGAGUCCGGAAUCCACGAUCCGACGCAGGGCGACGGCCGAGCCAGCUCCGCUGCGGCCGGCCACGCGAGAGCGGGCGGAUCGCAGGGCUCCUCUUCCAGGUCCUCGUCUUCGACCUCCUGCGCCGCCGACGCCGCGUCCACCAGGAAGUCCGUCUCGGUCCUCCCGCCCAGGGAGAGGCGCCUCCUGACGCUCAUGGACCGGACGGGGUACCCCAUGGUCCAGGACAACGGACAGCGGCGCUACGGGCCGCCGCCCUUCUGGCAGGGCGAGCCGCCCCCGAAGGGCUGCGAGGUGUUCGUCGGCAAGCUGCCCCGGGACCUGUACGAGGACGAGCUGGUCCCGUUCCUGGAGCGGGCCGGCCGGCUGUACGAGGUGCGGCUCAUGAUGGACUUCGCCGGCUCGAACCGGGGCUACGCAUUCGCCACGUACUCGACGCGGCGCGAGGCCCGGGUCGCCGUGCGCGACCUCGACGAGCGGGAGAUCCGGCGUGGCCGCCGGGUGGGCGUGUGCGAGUCGCUGGACAACUGCCGCCUCUUCGUGGGCGGCCUGCCGCGCGACAAGAGCCGCGAGGACGUCCUGGAGGAGAUGCGACGCGUCACCGAGGGCGUGGUGGACGUGAUCCUGUACCCCAACGUGGCGGACAAGACGCGCAACCGCGGCUUCGCCUUCGUCGAGUACGCGGACCACAAGGCGGCCGCGGUGGCCCGCCGCCGCAUGAUCCCGGGCAAGAUGACCCUGUGGGGGGGCUACGAGGUGGCCGUCGACUGGGCCGAGCCCGAGCCCAUCGUCGACGACGAGACCAUGAAGAAGGUCAUGGUGUUGUAUGUUCGCAACCUCAUGCUGGGCACCUCCGAGGACGCGAUCCGUGAAGCCUUUUCCCUAGAGGGCCAGCUCAAUGUUGCCAAGGUCAAAAAGAUCCGCGACUUCGCGUUCGUUCAUUACUCAAGCAGAGAAGAUGCAACGUUGGCACUGGAAGCAAUGAAAGGUGCCGAGAUCGAAGGCGCUCAGAUUGAAGUCGCGUGGUCGAAACCGGUGAGCCACUGGAGGCGUUAUGAUCGCAUAGCUGGUUCUACAAAGAAGGGCAAAGUACCCCCUCGUGGUGGCAGCCUUUGCGGAGCCCCCGUGAUGAUGCCCUCACCUGUGGCGGCUGUCGGCUAUGGGUUCUACCCACUGGCCCCACACCAUGUUCCACUGCCUAUUGGAUCUGGCAGACCUGGUGGCGAGGACGUCAUUCACAGCCAUAAUGGAAGGGCUGCCCUCCCUUAUCCAGGCAAUGCCAGGUUGACAUCACGCUGUCAACGGGUGAUUCAGAUUCUGGUGGACAUGUGUGAAAGGCAAGGAUGGGGCGAUCCUCAGUUUCAGCUGGUCACAGUGAUGAGCUCCGAGUGCAACGCUCCGGACAGCAAUGAAACGCAGACACCGCUUCACUUCUUCAAGGUGACUCUGCCAAACGUCUCGCCACCAAUGUACAACACCAUCACGCCAAACAAAUUCUGUCGCACUGUCGAAGAAGCCCGGGAGUAUGCUGCCGAAUAUGCCCUCCACCAUUUGCUGCUGAGACUCGAAAUGGGCACUCCUGCCCAUUACCCGCACCUGACGAGCCCAGUGUUCGUGGCUACGCCGGCAGCUCCAGCCCUGGGUCAAGGCUACCCGCCGUACACUGCCAUACAACCCAGAGCAGGUAGUGCCGAUAUGAACGGACCCCCUUGGCAGCAGCAGAACCCUGACAAACCGCCUUCACCUCCGCCGCUGUAGCUUGGCUGUGCGCUUUGCUGCCUUGUGCUUUUUCCUGAACACAACUGCGCGGCCAGUCUACAUUCCUGCCUAUUACAGCACGACAUAUUGAUGUGCAUUGCACCUCUGGGACUGGCUUCAUCAGGAUCUCAAGUUUCUUGCGGUGCCCUGCAUUCCAUUACGGGGCCCCGGAGGGGCGUAGCCACCUAGCCGUGCUUUUGGUUGAGCCAUCGAAACUCGUAUACAGGGUGUCUCACGGGAGAUUUUUCACGGAUUAUUAAACAUAACGCAGCACAGUAUAGCAGAAAAACGUUUUCUCGGCAAUCUCUUGGCAGUUCACAUUGGAACCUGUGUGAUAAUCGGAUAUAAGUUUACUGAAAGUCAAACUAACUCCUUAAUGAACAACUAUAGGGGUACACUGUUGCUCAACAUUUUCAAAAUUGGGAAGUUUGCCAGUACAUAAAAGUAGUUCAUUUCAGACAAUCCUGCGACCAGUGUCGGGUUAGAGAAAUGUGUGCUCAAGAAAGCGGCAGAAUUUCAUUGCUGUAACCAGUGGGAAGUUUACUUUAGCUGUGUCCAUUGCAGUGUGAACGGUGUGGAAAAAAUUAAGAAAUGUCUAAAUGUAGUAGCAAUGCACUCUGAACACAUAUUUCUAAAAACUGGUGCUUGGUGGAGGAUUUGUCAAAUGGGUGUGCUUUGCAUACUGGUUCAUUUAAUUUAACAACCACAAAGUACAACCUGGAGUUGCUAAGUAAAGCGAAUAGUGAAAUUGAAGUAGCCAUUAGUGAUUAUCACACAAGCCCUUGGACACCUGCCACUGUGAAUGAUGUGUCGUCUUCUCUGUUCUGCUCAGUGUUUAGUAAUCGGUUGUCUUCCCUUGAAAUCUUGGUGUGCUGUAUACCUUAUUGAUGUGCCAUUGCAUUAUUUUUAUCUUUUAUCUUCGUUGAAUCUUUUAUGUGUGGAAGUGUACCAGUGGCCAGUCGGUCAGCAACUGGAUGGCAUCAAAUGACUAUUGAUUAGGUAUUUUAUGUGUUUAUGCAUUCCAUUCGUGUAUCGUAGUAGUACAGCCAAGUAGCUGUGGCCACGUUUCUGCCAAAGAAAACCCUUAUUUAUUUUAUACCCGAUUAUUUAUAUUUUUUAUGCGCACGGGAGGUCUUGCCAAUUCCUUUUAGCUCAUUCGCCUUGGACAGUUGCAGCCUGGCUUUCCCAGGAUUGUGAUAGGUAUAUGUAUUGGAAAAUAUUGGAAAAUUUUAGUGCCUACAUUGAAAGAUGAACUGCACCGACUUUAAUGAUGAUUUACUGUAAUGUUGGCUGCGAUCAGCCGAGGUUUUCAGGUUAGUGCCUAUUGCUUGCCGGAAUAUAUUAUGGUAUUGUGCAUGUGUGAAUGCGAGAUCAGUAUUUACUUCAAAACUUAGUGAGGCACGGAAAAUUUACAAUCUGUAAAAUAAAAGGUUGUUUUGUGCCUUUUUAAAUACGAAAGUUUGUGUUCAAAAUUUUUUCAGAGAGGAGCUAAUAAUUUCUUACAGAACAUUUCGUAAGGUUGCGGAAACAGUCUGAGCAAAAUAAUGUUAAGUUUUGAAAUGCAAAUGUAUUUUUGGGAUAGUGAUGCUUGGUAUUUUGAGCUGUGCAUGGUGUUCGCCUACAUGUACAAAAAAGGAAGGGCGCUUUUAGACAACCGCCUCAUGCAAACAAGGAAAUUGGAUGUGGAAAUGAGUUCUCAUAUAUGUGGGGAAUUGUUAUUUGACUAUAACUGCUGGAGUUAAAUAUUUGUUGAAGUU